UCAAAAUUUUCUAAAUAUUUAUACCACAUUGAAUCAAAAUUUUCAGAAGGUGUUUCUAUAACAGCAGAAAUGUAGAUAAAUGCACUGUUUUUAGACAUAUAAUGUUAUCGUUUCUAUGGUAACAACCUAUUGUCAGGGACGUUUACAACCUGCAUGUGUGAUUUUUGAUGUGAUGUUUUCUGUGAGGAGAAAUACUCACACUUCUCAGUGCUUUGUAACAGUCCGAUGUUGUUUAUAGCUGGCAGAAGUAAGAACUGUAACUCAUUGUUUAGUGCAAACUGUAAAUGGAGAAAUUGCUGUGGUAUAAGAGGAAUAAAACACUUUGAACACGCUGUUAUAUGAAAACAAUCACCUUCCCUUCGUAUCCGUCGAAUCCAUCGUAACACCCUGCUGUUGAUUAGUUUCAUCAAACAGCAUGACACAGUGUUUUAUUUAUUAUCAAGAAACUCUCAUUUAUAUUUCUUCUUAAAAUCAGUGCAACAUUUAAAGAGACAACAAAGAGCAUGUUUGUCAGAUAUAACAUUAUGCUGUGUGUGUGUGUGUGUGUGUGUGUGUGUUUGUGUGUGUGUGUGUGAGGAUGCAGAUGAAGCUGAUGAAGGUAGUAUUGUUGGUGUGUGUGUGUCUGAGUGUGCUGCCUGCACAGUGUAUGUGUUUUUCACGUGGAGCUUCGACCGCUACAUGUAUGGACAUGAAGCCUGGACACAUCAGCGCCCAACCGCAGCACACACACACGGCAUCUGCAGUGACCAUACACACCAGCCGCAUCGUCUAUCUGCCACACCACACACUCAUGGUGAGUGUGCGCAGCUCUCGAGCAUUUAUGGGUCUUUUGCUGCAUGCACGCUCUGUAGUGGAGGACCGUGUGGUUGGAGGCAAGUUCACACUCCACCCACCAGGAACACACACACUCUCCUGCCUGUCCACUGCAGACACAGUCACACACUCCGACAAGCUGAUGAAAAGGAACCUGUCAUUCACCUGGAGGGCUCCGGCUCAGCCAAGUGGGGACCUGAGAUUUUAUAUCACAGUGGUCCACUCAUAUUUUGUCUACUGGACUCGGAUCCACUCAGCCGUGGUGCAUGAUGGGACUCGUACAGGACACGAGCCUGGAUUACAGAUUGGGAUCAUCUCAGCAUCUCCAACGAGUUCAACACUAACACACACUUCUGUACACACACUCUCAGAAACACCCACGAACACACCCACUGGAUUAUACACACCCACAAACACACCCACUGGAUUAAACACACCCACACACACACCCACUGGGUCAUACACACCCCCACACUCUCCAUCUGAAUCAAACACACCUACACACACACCCGUGCCAUCUUCUGCCCUCCACCCGGAGCCGUCCGCAGCACUCCGCCGCUCUGUGUCUGAGCCGGUGGAGCCGAGGGACGAUCCUGUAGUGUUUGUGAAACUCCCCGAUCCCGAGCCACACCCAGAGAGUGGGAUCAAAACCGGAGGCGGGGUCAAGGCCGAGCCAGGGGUGGGGUUUGUGUCUCAGCCGGUGAUGUUGAUGGUGCUGUCGCUGGUUUUGUUGGUGAUGUUGGCCGUCUACGUCCAGAGGAAACACUGCGUCCGGCGCAACGGCGUGUCUCUGAGCGACAGCAGGCAGGAGAGCGCAGGAGUGAGACGUGUGCAGGAGUGCGGCGAGCUCGUCCAGCUGCGCAGGAUCCGAGAGAACAGCCUGCUGCUCCUGCAGGCCCAGUAUGACAUCAUUACAGCACCAGGGAACUAACACACACAUGUUGUGCUGUCAGAGGAAAAAUAAUAACCAACUGAUCUGCCAAAAUCCAUAAUUUAUCGAUUACAGUUAUGUCGCUUAUGUUAUAGCAGCUAUAAACAGUCGUACUCUCACCAACUUAAAGUUAUUAUGAGAACAUAAAUCUUACAGAGAAAUCACAAUCCUGGGAACAGAUUUAUUUAUGUAUUUAUUUUACAUCACACAGGAAAUUAAUUUUGAUCACUUUGCCUCACCAUUAAUUUUUUUUUUAAAGAUAUAAAUCUCUAAAAAAAAACUAAUUAUAAACAAUAUUUUAUUUUAAUGCAUGUAAUUAAAUGUAAUAAUAAUCUAUAGUAAAAAUGAUACAAAUCGUAAU